GUAGUUGACAAGGAGAAGGGAAGCUAUCAUUUUUUUUUAAUAUUAACCAGCUAGCUAGCUACUUCACUUCUAAAUGCUUUAAAUGAAUUAAUCAUAAUCCACCGACAAACGGGUUUUCGCUGUCUAGUCAUUGUUUAUAUUAUUAUGGUAAUGCCACUUCAGUAGAACAAUAUGAGCGGAGAGAGGGAAACAUUGUUGGAUGAAAUCGAACAGAGUUUGUGGAAUUUAACCGAGGACAAUUUACGUCACCUGUGUGAACGGUGUGGAAUAGCUGGCAAAGAUGGCUCCGAAGUUAAAGGAAGUAAUUAUCGCUCAUUGCGGCGUAAAAUCGAAGAAUAUUGCGAGAGUGAUGAUCUAAUGAAAUUACAGGACCAGGGAAUGUCUUGGUUACUCCAACUGAAAAAAGACAUAACAACCAUACAGGAAGACGCUAGUCACAGCCUGUCAACGCAAGUGGACCCAUUAGACAGCACCGAGCCAAGCAGAACCAAGAACGAGGGGGAUGCCGAUCGGUUGCCCGACCCAGCUACGCAGACGGACAGAACAGAACCGAGAGAUAGCGAGUCAGAAGAGCCAUCCAGCCAAUCCCAGGCCAGCUCCACUGAGCACCAACCCACAGUGACCCCAACUCUUGACAGUAACCUCGGUGACCCGAGGUCGAAACUAGGCAGCCUGAGGAUAGUUUUACAAAAAGUUGUCGUCGUCAAGGAGGAGGAAGAGGACUGGGACUGUUACGUUACAGGAGACAGUCCCAACCAACCAUCUGCAAGUGAAUAUAGCCCUUCUACAUCGGAAGAAACUGAACAUUCGUCAUCUGGAGAUCCGGAACAUUCUGAUUCAGAAGAUCCUGAACAUUCUACAUCGGAAGGAACGGAACGACGACGGAGGAAACGUAAAACAGAGAAGACUCACAGCUGCCUGGAGUGCGGAAAGAAGUUUGUCUCCUCAUACACACUAAAAAGACACCAGAAGAACUCUCACACAGGUGAGGAGACAGAGAGAAGCAGUCAUCACUCUGAAACUAAGGGACGGAGUCCUGUUUCAGGAGAACUGGGACAACAAAAGAGAAAAUGGGGAGUCAGGAAGACCCACUCCUGCCCAGAGUGUGGGAAACACUGUCAAUCCUUAUCAGCACUUAAAGUUCACAAGAGAACCCACACCGGGGAGAAGCCUUACCUCUGCUCCGAGUGUGGGAAAGGCUUCACUUAUCAAAGUAGCUUGAGAAUACACCAAAAGAAAGACCCAGCUGAGAAGAUCACUUGCUGCUGUGGACAGGAAUUCUCGUCAAAGUGUGUUCUUGAGGUCCACUUGAAAACAGACACUGGAACCAAGCCGUACACCUGUUGUGUGUGUGGCAAGAGGUUCCGGAAAGAAUCACUGAAAGAACACCAGCGAUCACAUACAGGAGAAAUGCCUUACUCCUGUCAAUUCUGCGGAAAGGGAUACUCCAAAAAGCCAGCUUUCAAAGCCCAUGAGCGCACACACACCGAGGAGAAACCUGCGUGCUCGGUGUGUGGACGAACCUGCUCUAAUAAGACUACGUUAAAGGUCCACCAGAGGACGCACACAGGAGAGAAGCCUUACCUCUGUUCUGAGUGUGGGAAGGGCUUCAUCAGUAAAGCUCACCUGACAACGCACCAGCGAUUCAACUGUUCGGAGGGAGAGGAGAGACGCAGAGCGAAGCCAUUUCACAAGUGCCCAGACUGUGGGAAGGAGUUCACUCAAGCUAACAAACUGGAGAGACACAUGAGAACCCACACAGGAGAGAGGCCUUACCAGUGCUCUGUUUGUGGGAUGAGGUUCAACCAAAAAGGGAAUCUCAAAACGCAUUUUAAAGUGCACACAGGAGGGGAUCCAAGUUUGCUGGCAGACAUGGAAGCAACUCUCUCUCCUUCCAACGCUGCUGACAGACCUCUGGACAACAGGCGUAAAGCCGGCAGGCCCCCACGAUGCCUGGAUCAGCGUGAUGAGGAGGAAGCCCACGAUCUCCCGGCAUCACAGACGGACGAAACCCAGAACCUCCCAACCACACAGAAACCCCCUAUAUCUCUCCGUGUAGACAAACACCUCCUCUGCCCAGAGUGUGGCAAGACCUACCCCCGGGAAUACGACCUCAAGGUCCACCUCAGAACACACACAGGAGAGAGACCAUACCAGUGCGAUGAGUGUGGGAAGACCUUUGUCCGAAAGCAAGGUCUGCGGCAGCACCGACGGUCGCACGCUCCCAAGCCCAUGGGGCCGACCCGUCAGUUAGGCAGGCCCCCCAGUAUGGGAUCCGCCGGUAAAAGGACCAACCCCUCGGCACACAGGAUUGGCCGAACCAAGCAGCAGCACUCCAGGGUUGACAGAAACACAAUUCCGUACCCUAACAUGGAGAGACCCAUGCCAAUGCACGCCGUGGAGAGACCCAUGCCACUGCACAGAGUGGAGCGACCCAUGCCACUGCCCGACAUGGAACGAGAGCAUUGGCAGUACUGGCAUCUUUAAGCACCAGGCGCUUUGUCCCCCACCCGCCACACGUGUCAGAUGGAGUCCUAAUAGCUACCUUACAUACCGUAGCAUUGUGUGUUGUGCAUCUCAAGUGACUCUGUAUUCCGUAGCUCAAGAAUGUACUCUUGAAAAGCUGGAAUGCUUCUCUGUGAAAUGGCUGCAUGCAUUUGGGAUAUUACAGCAACAUAGCUAAAGACGAGGAAUGCUGUUUUUCCAGUCCCGGACAAAUUUGCGAGUGUGAUAGAACAGCGGAAUUUGAACGGCCAAUUCGAGCCUUCCACCAUUACUGACCACGCCUAUUCCACUUGUUGUUCCUGUUGCUCAUCAUGAAAAUAAUUAGAAUUUAUUUUAGGGUAUGUGAAGUGGCAUUCACUGGUAUUUGUUUCCUGUGAGACACCAUGUCAGAAAAGUUUCUAUCAAGUCUUCGAAAUACACAGGCUAAGAUGACAGGACAUUUUAAAAUGUUUUUUUUCCAUGUACACUUUAUGUACACAAUGAAAUAUUCAAUGUGCAUUUUUUCUUUACAAAUGCAGAAAGAACAUGAAAUGAGACACACCUAAAUGCCUCACUGCCCCUUUCCCUCAAAACAUCAAGAUGAACAAAAUGUUACUUAAGAAACAUGAUCAGUGCAGUGUUUGACUCGUUAAAGGCACGCUUUGGUCACAUGAUCACCCAGUUGAAAUCGCCAAGCUCCUGGCGUGAACCCCACCCGGUCUCAGACAGGUCAACACUAAUCCCAAAUCCAACCACAAUGGUGCAGAAGGUGGACUGAGAGGGAGAUGCACUGAUCUGUUUUAAUGAAUAAGUUGUCUAAUUUUGUAUGCAAAACCAAUGAUUUGUUUGCAAUUAAGGUAAUUUAGAAGAAAACUAUUUUUAUCCAGUACAGUCUCUAAAGGUCCAGUCACCUCAUGUUAGAACAUGGCUCUGUGUUUUACAGUAAGAGGUUUGUCAGCUUAAAACAGUUUUUCAGAGCAUCUGUGCUUAUUACAUAGUGAAAUGGCACCUGUGGUUGCUUAGGUCUUCCAUAAAACCCCUAGCUUUUUUCACAGAAAAAUAUAUCCUAUACUUUCCUUGUUUUGAAAUCCAUACCUUAAGUGAUGCUUGUUAACGUUCAGGCUAAGCGUCAGUUCUUAACCAAACUUCCCCGUUAAAGAAGAUAACGGGAGCCAUUUGGGAUGCACAACAUGUAAGAUAACUAAAGCUGAUUGUUCUUUUCACUGCCAUCGUGUAUGCGCGCCUGCAUAUUGCGUGUUGCGCAUGGAUGUUGUUGCUUUCUCAUCUCUGAUCAGUACAGAAGAGCACUGUGCUUUGUAAGAUAGUUGUAGUCCUGUGCACAUUUCAAUAAGCAAAAAACGAUUGCAUUUUAGUGCUUUCUUGUAUUUUAGAUCUUGUUUUACUUUACUGUCAUGAUACUUCAAUUCACAGUGACCUGCAUGCCAUACACUGCCAUGGUCCAAUAAAUGAACAUUGGGGGGG